AUGUCUUCCCAAGCAUUCGUAGUCCCGCUACCCAUACGCCCCGAAUCGGCCAAUAGCCAUCCUGCCCUACGCUUUUACGCCGAGUACGGGCAGAAUUUCCCAAAGACCGAAGAAGCAUGGGCUACCACUCCGUGGGAGAGCUACUACUCGGCAGACUGCCGCAUGCGUAUGGUGGACGGCACAUACAUCGAAGGCGGAGCUAAGUGCUGGCAGUUCUUCCGGAAGUUGUAUGCUCGAUUCCCUGCUGUUGAGCGAGAGAUGCUGUCGAUGAUCGUCGUCACUGAGGGAGAGAGCUUAUAUCGAAUCCACGCAGAAUUCAUCACGAAGCUGCAGGUCGAAGGAGAGGAGCGCAUGGUUGAGUCGCCACAGGCGUUUGUGUACACGUUGGGUCAGGCGGAUGCUGAAAAGGGGACCCAGGGAAUGCAGUUCAGGGAGUUGCGGAAUUAUUAUGAUUUGAGGACUCUUGAGAGUGCUUUGACGACGACUUGA